AUGAAGCUUCAAGAAAGAAAGAAAUUCUUUUUCUACAUCAGUGUUAAGACUGGAGGGAUUGUCGUGGAAUUGGCACGUGAAAUACCUUUCACGUGUCACGCAAACCGUCCCUGGCUUGAUCCGUAUGAAAAUCCCAGCUUCCUAAAUCUGUUUCUUGUUCCCCUAUUAUUGAUUAUGGACUACAUAAUGUACUGUUAUCAGAGCAACUCCUGCACGCAAGUGACUAUGAGUACAUUUGAUCCGAGAGCAACAUAUUCUCGAGAUAUCGAAAGCCUAGAACAGGGAUUCUCACCUGUCGCAGAAUGUCAAUCGCGAGAUCUUGACCUGCUAAACAUGUUGCCAAUAUCAGUGAAGUAUCAAGAAACAUCUGACUUCUGUCUCAAAUUAGAAGUUUUCGGAGUCGCAAUUGUUUGUUCACUCUCAUUUAAAAAUCUAAGACCCAAACAUUUCAUCGAGGGCCUGAAAAUGACGUACAACAUUGCUUCAUCUCUAUCUAGCUUUGCCCGCACUCUUCCGACCCCGCGUUUCAGAAUCCUUCAUGCACGGAGCUUGCAUCAAUGCACCACAAGCUUCACGCCACUGAUCUCUUCGCACAUCCAUAGGCUAAAUAGAUCUCCAGGCUUCACCAAAAAUCGAAAUGGCCGACAGGGCGAUGGAUACCAAUCACCCUAG